AUGGUGUAUGGUGAAUUCUUCCACAGACCAGGACAAGAUGAGGAGCUUGUCAAUUUGAAUGUUGGUGGUUUUAAACAGUCCAUUGGUCAAAGUACAUUGCUCAAGUUUCCUCAUACGAGGCUUGGGAAGCUACUCAGGUGCCACUCAGAAGAGGCUAUUCUGGAACUCUGUGAUGAUUACAGUGUGGCAGACAAGGAAUAUUACUUUGAUAGGAACCCUUCUUUGUUCAGAUACGUGUUGAAUUUUUAUUACACAGGUAAACUCCACGUUAUGGAAGAACUCUGCGUCUUCUCCUUUUGCCAGGAAAUAGAGUACUGGGGGAUCAAUGAACUCUUCCUUGAUGCUUGUUGCAGUAGUCGCUACCAAGAAAGAAAAGAAGAAUGUCCCGAUAAAGAAUGGGAUCAAAAAAGCCCAGUGGGAAGCCUAGAUUCUUCCGAUGAUGAGACGUCUUCCAUAUUUGAGAAGGAGCUUGAGAAAUUCGAUAAACAGUGGUUUGGAGAGUUGCGCAAGAAUAUCUGGAUCAGAAUGGAGAACCCUGCGUACUGCUUAUCAGCCAAACUGAUUGCUGUGUCUUCCCUAAGUGUGGUCCUAGCAUCUAUUGUGACCAUGUGCAUUCACAGCAUGCCAGAGUACCAGAAGGUGGGUGUCAAGGACAAAGAGGUUGAAAACCCGGUUCUGGAAGUUGUGGAGCUCAUAUGCAUCGUCUGGUUCACCUCUGAGCUUAUGAUCAGGUUGGCUGCUGCCCCAAGCCAGAAGAAGUUCUGGAAGAACCCACUGAAUAUCAUUGACUUUGUAUCUAUUCUUCCAUUUUAUGCCACUCUGGCCGUUGACACCAAAGACGAAGAAAGUGAAGAUAUUGAAAACAUGGGGAAAGUGGUUCAAAUUCUACGCCUAAUGAGGAUAUUCCGCAUAUUGAAACUAGCGAGGCAUUCUGUUGGAUUGCGGUCCUUGGGUGCGACCUUAAGGCACAGCUACCAUGAAGUUGGACUUUUGCUUUUGUUUUUGGCUGUUGGGAUUUCUAUUUUUUCCGUUCUGGUCUACUCAGUGGAAAAAGACAGUGACAUCUCAGAGCUGAAUAAUAUCCCUAUUUGCUGGUGGUGGGCCACAAUCAGCAUGACCACCGUUGGCUAUGGGGACACCUUCCCAGUUACCCUCGGAGGAAAGAUUAUCGGCACAAGUUGCAUUAUCUGUGGAAUAUUAGUGGUAGCUCUUCCUAUCACUAUCAUUUUCAACAAGUUUUCAAAAUACUAUCAAAAGCAGAAGGACAUCGACACCGACCAGUGCAAUGACACUCCCAAGGAAAAGACAAACGAUCUCCCGUAUUUUAACAUUAGGGAUAUUUAUGCAAAAAGGAUGCACUCCUUUAUUUCUAGCCUUUCUUCAGUAGGAAUUGUAGCCAGCGAUCAAGAUUCGACAGAUGCUUCCAGUAUUCAAGAUCUUGAUGAUGUUUAUAACGCAACAUCUUUGCAGAAUGGUACAGGAAAAUGA